AAUGUGCUGGCCAAAGCCCUCUAUGACAAUGUGGCUGAGUCCCCGGAUGAGCUGUCCUUCCGCAAGGGCGACAUCAUGACGGUGUUGGAGCGGGACACACAGGGCCUGGAAGGCUGGUGGCUCUGCUCUCUGCACGGACGCCAAGGCAUUGUGCCCGGGAACCGCCUCAAGAUCCUCGUGGGCAUGUAUGACAAGAAGCCAGUCGGGUCUGGCCCUGGCCUGCCCACCACCCCAGUGCAGCCUGGCCUCCAUACUCCUGCACUGGCACCAGCCUCUCAGUACACAUCUAUGCUGCCUGCUGCUUACCAGUCCUCGCCGGAGAGUGUUUACCUGGUGCCCACCCCGGGCAAGGCUCAGCAUGGCCUGUACCAAGCUCCUGGGCCCAGCCCACAGUUCCAGUCACCUCCAGCCAAGCAGACGUCCACGUUCUCAAAGCAAACACCCCAUCACCCAUUUCCCAGUCCAACCCCAGACAUCUACCAGGUGCCCCCAGGACCCAGCAGCCCCGCCCAGGAUAUUUACCAGGUGCCUCCUUCAGCUGGAAUGGGACAUGAUAUCUACCAGGUCCCCCCAUCCAUGGAUGCGCGCAGGGAGGGGACAAAGCCACCAGCAAAGGUGGUGGUGCCCACCCGCGUGGGGCAGGGCUAUGUGUAUGAGUCCGCUCAACCCGAGCAGGAUGAGUAUGACAUCCCACGUCACCUGUUGGCCCCAGGACCCCAGGAUAUCUAUGAUGUGCCCCCUGUUCGAGGACUGCUUCCUAGCCAGUAUGGCCAAGAGGUGUAUGACACGCCCCCCAUGGCCAUCAAGGGCCCCAAUGGCCGGGAUCCAUCGCUGGACGUGUAUGAUGUGCCCCCCAGUGUGGAGAAGAGCCUGCUACCUUCUAGCCACCAUCUGGUGUACGAUGUCCCUCCAUCUGUGGGCAAAGAUGUGCCUGACGGGGCACUGCUGCGUGAAGAGACGUACGAUGUGCCCCCGGCCUUCGCCAAGGUCAAACCCUUCGACCCGGCCCGCCACCCUCUAGUUCUUACUGCACCCCCACUGGAGUCGCCGCCGCCUGACGAUGUGUAUGACGUGCCCCCACCUGCUCCUGACCUCUAUGACGUGCCCCCUGGCCUGCGAAGGCCUGGCCCCAGCACCCUCUAUGACAUCCCUCGUGAGCGGGUGCUCCCACCCGAGGUGACCAAUGGCAUCAAGCCCGAUGAUGGUGUGUACGCAGUGCCCCCCACAGCAGACCGUGAGGCCCCAGCAGAUGCUAAGCGCCUGUCGGCUUCGAGCACGGGCAGUACACGCAGCAGCCAGUCAGCAUCCUCCCUGGAGGUGGCAGGGCCGGGCCGGGAACCCCUGGAGCUGGAGAUGGCUGUGGAAGCCCUGGGCCGCCUGCAGCAGGGUGUGAGCACCACCGUGGCCCACCUUCUUGACCUGGUGGGGGCCGGGAGCUGGCGCAGCACCUCUGAGCCUCAGGACCCCCCUGGGCAGGACCUGCGGGCUGCUGUGGCCGCCGUCCAGGGGGCUGUACAUGAGCUGCUGGAGUUUGCCCGCAGUGCCAUCGGCAACGCUGCCCACACUUCCGACCGUACACUGAACGCCAAGCUCAGUCGGCAACUGCAGAAAAUGGAGGACGUGCACCAGGCGCUCGUGGUACAUGGCCAGGCCCUAGACAGCAGCCGGGGAGGCCCGGGGGCCACUGCCGAGGACCUGGACCGCCUAGUGACUUGCUCCCGGGCCGUGCCCGAGGACGCCAAGCAGCUGGCCUCCUUCUUACAUGGCAAUGCCUCGCUACUCUUCAGAAGGACCAAGGCCCCAGCCACAGGGCCUGAGGGGGGUGGCGCCCCGCAUGCCAACCCUACUGACAAGGCGUGUAGCAUUCAGUCACGGCCUCUGCCCUCACCCCCGAAGUUUACCUCCCAGGACUCGCCAGACGGGCAGUAUGAGAACAGUGAGGGCGGCUGGAUGGAGGAUUACGACUAUGUCCACCUGCAGGGGAAGGAGGAGUUUGAGAAGACACAGAAGGCGCUCCUGGAGAAGGACAGCAUCAUGAGGCAGGGGAAGGGCCUUCUGGAGCUGCAGCAGCUAAAGCAGUUUGAGCGACUGGAGCAGGAAGUGUCUCGGCCCAUCGAUCACGACCUGGCCAACUGGACAGCCUCCCAGCCCAUAGUCCCAGGGCGGACAGGUGGCCUGGGGCCCUCAGACCGGCAGCUGCUGCUCUUCUACCUGGAGCAGUGCGAGGCGAACCUGACCACGCUGACCAAUGCAGUGGACGCCUUCUUCACUGCUGUGUCCACCAACCAGCCGCCCAAGAUCUUCGUAGCGCACAGCAAGUUUGUCAUCCUCAGUGCCCACAAGCUGGUGUUCAUUGGGGACACGCUAUCGCGACAGGCCAAGGCGGCUGACGUGCGCAGCCAGGUGACUCGCUACAGCAACCUGCUGUGUGACCUCCUACGCGGCAUUGUGGCCACUACCAAGGCCGCUGCCCUGCAGUACCCGUCACCUUCUGCUGCCCAGGACAUGGUGGACAGGGUCAAGGAGCUGGGUCAUAGCACCCAGCAGUUCCGCCGAGUCCUGGGCCAGCUGGCAGCUGCCUGA